AUGUUGACAGUAUUUCCUCGGCUAUCACGUCCACCGGUGACCAGGAUUAUCCCCUCAAAGGGUGGCGCUGCGAGACCCCAUCGCGCAGUUCUCAUGGGGGCAGCCGGCAGCCAAAAGUCUGCUGAGGUCAGCUUUUCUCGCCAGUCUGCUCCCAAGUUGCAGAACACCACCGAGGCGAGCCUGAGGGAGUUAUUCCCACCGCCAAAAACGAAAACCCGACUGUCGCCGGGCAAGUAAGCAGCGGCUAGAAUACUCCUCUUCUCCUCUAGAUCGGGCAGCUUGUGUCAUCUGUCCAGUGUGGGAAAGAGGUAGGAGGAGGAAAAAGAAGAAUAAGAAAGUGAUAAUGGGGGUGAUAAUGGUGAUGAUGGUGAUGAUGAUGAUGAUGAUGAUGAUGAUGAUGAUGAUGAUGAUGAUGAUGAUGAUGAUGAUGAUGAUGAUGAUGAUGAUGAUGGUGAUGAUGAUGAUGGUGAUGAUGAUGAUGGUGAUGAUGAUGAUGAUGAUGACGACGAUGAUGAUGAUGAUGAAAAGAGGGCAGAAGUCUUCCACAAAAGUACGCCAAGGCAAGUGUCUUCUCACCUGUCUUGUCUGACGUCAUAGACUUCGCAAGAGGAAAGAAAUAACCACUCGUUCGCUUCCUUAAAAAAACACCAAAAACGCCAAUUAGGACUUCCUCUCGGUUUGCGGUGACAACCGCAGCGGCGUGAAACCAGCGUCCAACAGCGAGGGGCGUCCGCUCGCGCCAGCGCCCUUCUCUCACCAGAAACUCAUCAACAUACCUUGGGCUAUCCUCUACUCCUACUACGAAAAUCCUCUCUUCCGAAAAGGUGGAAAAAACAAGGCAUAAAAUAAUUCAGUGAGGGUUGGGGACUUUACACAAAAAAUGUCUGAUCCGUUGUCUUAGGAAUAUGCAGGCCUCGGUCGCGGAAGCAUGUUUACUUCACAAAGAAGCUAAUUUAUACGAGUUUUUUGCCUUUUCUAAAGCAGGAAAGGAAAAUUCUACAAUGAACAGUACCAGGAACUCAAUAUUCCUAUGCAAUUACAAAUGUGCUGAGUGCUCUGCUGACAACAGGCUUAAAAAAUAGGGUGCGCAACUGUCGAGCAGCUCACCGCCCACGACACUGUAGGAGGCCCACUGGCGCUUAUUUAUGUUAGCAACUGGUUCUGCCUUUUGAAGAUUCGGAUCAACACACAGGACAGACCACUUGUUGUGUUCACUUACAUCCCCUCCAAAGAUGAAGACGGCCCGUCCUUCUUGUCUACUGAAAGUCUGUUCUUUCGUCAUCUAUCAUCAUCCCCCCUAUUCGAUCGUGCUCCAGAAAUUGUGCACGAUCAGACAUGUCCUUUAAAUAAGCGUAGGUAUUACUUGGAGAUAUAGGGCGAAUACGCUUCGUGGGCAUGUUCUUCGUGUUCAUGAACGCAACUGUGCACCCAAAAAGGACGCAAAUAAUAUUGCUUCUUAUGGCACAUUUGAUUUAUACGUCCGAUUUCACUCUAGCCACUGUUUGAUUUUUAUUGUAACUAGAGACAGGACUUUUUUGGUCAACACUGAAGAUUCAGAAAGAUUCUGGCAUUACUUUCGCGGGGUUAUGGGGCGUCUAAUUGACUCCCAUUGUAAAAUAAAAAUAACAAGACCAUGUGCACGAUCGCCUUGGGCCACUCGGAUGACAAAAAGACCAUGCAGAAGAAACAGAGGUUUUGGAAAAGGCAUCUGUGCUGAAGUACUUGACUACUUGACCUUUGACAAUCUUGUCACGUUUGCUUUACUGUAGCAUUUGUUUUAACGUGACGAGGACUCCGCCGCUUAUAAGCCUCGCGCCGUUUGCAUGCUCUCUGGUCAGGUCGUUGCACAUUUUGAAAAAUAACUUUAUUCACUUACUGGCCUUCAUUACCUCUCUCCGUUUAUGAGGUUAGUGAGCCGUAGUUCGUUAGUUCCCGGGAACAACAUAACUUAAGUCAUAUUUGCAACUUCAACAGCCAAUAACAUUCGCCUAAUAUAAGGAUCAGCACAAUAAAUGCGACAAAAAAAUUCGGGUUGUUAGAACUUCUUUCAAGAUCCAACUAAUAGCGGAAUCCAUUACAUGUCCCGAUAAUUUUUAUGGACACAUCCGCAGGAAAAGAAAACGUUAGGAUGAGCUUGUGUGUCUAAAGGAUAGCCUCGGAAACUUAUUACUUGAACGACCACAGAAAGUUAAAUUGCUAUCUUAGUGUUUUCAAUCGAUUACUAUGAAUGAUUCCUCUGAAAACAAUCAGGAGUUUGAAAUGGAUCAAGACGGCAGGGAGCUAAAAAUGCGCCAAGAUACUGCCGUCAUUCAAACGGUUGCACUUUCCUUUCGAGGAAAUAAAACGUGUUCUCAGUGAAAUAAACCAGAUAAGUCUCCUGGGUCCAACGGAAUUCCUGGGCUGAUACUUAAGCAGCUCUCUACGGAGUUGUUAAAGCCUUCUUCGACUCUCCUUGAGCUGUGAAUGAGAGCAGGAAGACUUAUCGUGAGCGCUAAAGUCAUACCCGUCAAUUCCAGACUAUGAAUAUCACGAUCAGACCAGAGUUAUGAAAUAAUUAACAAUCAGAAAUGAUGUGACCCGACAAUCUAACUCAUGCCGAGCGCGUUGUGUCGAGUUGUGUUCCUUCCAUUCACUUAAACAACCAGUAAGUUCAAGAGUAAGGAACAGGUAGGGAAAGACAUGAGAGUCUGGCGCCUCAGCACGGACUGCCCUUGCAGUAGAUGACGGCUUACCUCGUUCCAUUAUAUAAAGGAGGUAGCAGGAUGGCAGCAAGCACCUUCAGGCCAUUUAGCUUAACUUUCCUCCGAUGCAAAACGAUGGAAGGUCUAGUAAAGAGCGCCACACAACUUUUUACUGAAGAAAAUAACAUCUUGCAGGAUUACGAACUUGGCUAGCUGAUAGUACGUUCCUGUCUCUCAAAUCUGCUGACUGGUCUGGAGAUCUUGACCAGAGCAAAAGAAGAGGGUUUUGAGGUCGAUAUCGUGUACUUCGAUUUCUGCAAAGCAUUCGAAACUGUCUUGCACCAACGCCUUCUGCACAAAUUGAGCGAAAUCCGCAUCCGGGGAGAUCUUCUGAACUGGAUAAAAGCCUUUCUAUUUCAUCGGAAAUAACGUGUCUGUAUCGGAGAUGAUAGGUCAGACUGGGUGAAUGUGACUAGUGAUGUGCUUCAAGGCUCAGUUCUGGGACAAUUGCUCUUCAUCACUUUAUGUUAAUGACAGCCCUCAGGAACUCGACAGUGGCAAAAUAAUGUUUGCCGACGAAGUAAAACUCUGGCAAGUCAUUCAGAGUCCAAAUGACCAGAGAGCCCUUCAGAAAAUUCUUCAGUGACUGUAAACAUGGCCGUAGAAGUGGCUUCUAUAUUUCAAUGUUCAGAUGUGUGCCGUCUUUCAUCUGCGUCCAACCAUCUGUCAUUUAACCGAGAGCCUAAAAGGGCAUAUCACCUGAAAGACAUAAGACUUUCAGAAGAAUCUUCAAUGCAGUGAAACAAGGCUGCAAAGAAAUAUCAGGGGCGUGCCCAAUGCAAUCAAAAUGGCGUUCGUAAGCUUUGACAAUAACCUCUUUGGAAGAGCUCACGGCACCCCUGUUCGGUACCAUUCAGAAUAGAGCAUACAAGCUUGACAUCCAUGGCUUGUAAAUUAGCAAACAUGCCUUGGAUGAGUACAACGUCUUGAAACAAAGCUGGUGAACGGUUUAAAAAGCCAAUCCUUCAUUGAGAGAGUAAAUUGCCUUUAUUUGUUCUCUCAAUGUUACCUAUCCUCUUCUGCAGGAUAAUACAUGACCUUCAGCAUGGAUUUAGCUUUAAGGACAUGUUUCAAUGGCGCCUUUCACCCAAAAUUCGUGGUCACUCGAUGAAGCCACGCACAAAAAUAUCCAGGCUGAAUUUUCGUUCUGAAUUUUUCGCACAAACGGUAGUGGAGAAAUGAAACAACCACUCUCAGUCAGUCAGCUUCAAGAAACGCUGGGGUGCUUAAUUGUGUCCCCAAUUUACCCUCGACAGUCUAAACCUGAGCUAAUCACCCUGCGGUUCCUGCAAAUAUUUUUCUAUAAACAAUUUUCUAUAAACUUCUCUGAGACAAUGCUACUCAAAUGAACCAAGUACUGUUUUAAUAGUGAACAUUUUUGUUCGUGUACAGUUAUUCUAACGAGCUGACAUGUAAUCAAAAGGGUUUUCAAAGGCUUUGCCUAUUAUCCUUACCAAAUAAACUGAAAUAAACUGAAAUAACACAAUAAAAUACUGAUUAAUAGCGCAGAAUUUCAUUUUUCAUGUACAGUUUUAUCUAACAAGAUGACACGUAAUCAAUAGGGUGUUCAAAGGCCUUCUCUAUUUUUCUUACCAAAUUGAAGACCACUCAGGCGGACAGGUAGUCAGUAGGUUUUUAUUCCAGAUAAACACCGGCACGAGAGACGGAUUCAGAUGAAUGCAACGUUAACCACAAGUGCUGCAGCAUCUGUAAGAUUCAGCUGCAUUGGUACUGCAAACCUAUCAUAUUUGGUGUCCCCAAAUUCAUCCAAGUGAUUGCACAUAGCGCAAUAAUAGCUUAGGUACCAGUGUGAAGUUCCUAACUGCCAAAAUAAAAGGACUGAAUUUGGAUAACUAUUAAAAUAUUAACCUCCCCAGUAAAGCUGACAACACUUUCUUCAUCAAUGCCUUCAAUUGCCCGUCAAUUUAUAAGCAAAAAUAAUAUAUUCGAAAGGGGCAGUAUGGAUUCUGGAAAUUCAGUGGAACAAUAACGUGAUUCUUGUAGGGCAACUGCAGACGCGUCGAUCUGUAUACCUGACCUGUUAUUCUACUGAACGCUAGUUAAUGGCCGGAAUUUGGAGAAGCCUAGUAGUAAAUAAAGGGGACUUUAAUAGGUCCCCAAAUCUCCAGAAGGGACUAAGUCAAUCGUCAGGACCCAGUUUAUUUAGCGCCGUAACGUCGAUGACAAUGUUGUUAUUGUCGAGAAGAAGGGGCCGCAGAAUUUUCGUGACCUGUACACCUAAGUCUUUCCCGACACAUAAUUCACAAGUCAAGAUGGGAAAAAGAUGCAGCAACUGCUUUUCCUAUAUGUGUUCUUCGGGCAAAGUUCAAUGAAUGGAAUAGAAAUAAUGGUUUACAGAAAGGCGGCGAACGACGCACAGCUGUUCAGUUUUUACAGCAACACCUCGGUGGCUUACAUGCGAAACUAUGCGAACACUCAUCAUACGGGGUGAGGAUGACUGCAGUAACCUAGCUGAAAAAAGCAUGUAAGGCCGGGUAUCUCCACGAGCGGUUUAUGUGGAAUUGCCAUUGGAGGACGCUUAUAAGUCGUUGCCUAGGUAAUUGCCCCUGGAGGUCACUAUCGGAAACCAUCGACGAUAUGGCAAGCUCUAACGUACAUCAUGGCCGUUUCAGAGACGAUCGAAUGCAUUGCUAAGGGACUUCGAGCCAAAGUGACUAUGCGCAGCAUGGUCAUGAUUAUGAAGGACCAAAUAAAUCCUAAUCAGAAGUCCGAUGUAAUGUAACGUAAACCGUGAAUAGACUGUUCUUAUAAUUCCACAGUUACGAAUGUAAUCAUGCAUCUAUCGCGUCCAUAUCAACAUUCAUGGCUGUGCGACGGGAUGCGGAAUAAUCAUUAGUGGCUGUCUUCCAUUUCGAAAUUAAUUACCGCCGCAAACUAGCAGCUAAAAUGACGGGCGCCCACGCUAAUAGCGAGACACGACUAGAAUUGACUGAAGCCUAGACCUCAGAUGACAGCUCACUCAAUCGGCAUAUUUUAGUUUGGUGCCGCCCUACAGAGCCACGUACAGACCCCAAGACUGAUGACAAUGAUAUUUGAAUGGCUCACAUACCCCAAACCUGUCACUUGUUCCGUCGCAUUUUUACCCUAUGAAACCCGAUUGUCCAAUCUCGGCCUCUUUCCACUGAGUUACAGACAGCUAAGAGGCGACCUUAUACAAACAUUCCGUAUACUGCGCGGCCAGGACUGCUGUCUCGUACCUACUGAUUUCUUUGAGUUAGCGACCACAACGAACCUCCGAGGUCAUCCACUUAAACUACGCGUAACUGGCGCCAAGCUGGACACUCGGAAGUUCUUCUUUUCAAACAGAGUGAUCGAGGCCUGGAAUGCUCUGCCUGCAGGUGUCGUCAUGUCCACCUCCGUCGAGGCUUUUAAGCGCAACUUGGACAAGAUUGCCACCAAUCGUCAUAAUGCCACCUAA